CAAAUCUAUUACAUUUAUUGAGCAAAGGAAAUUAUGGGUAUUGAAUUUAGAGCGGACAAGUUGAAGAAACCAAAGAAUAUUCUUAUACUGGCUCAAAUUCUUUUCUCAGUGCUCUCCAGCAGUAUAAUUAGUUUGUGGAGGGAUAGUACUACUUCUGAUGGUAUAAAGUUCAGCUUUGGCUAUCAGAGACUCCCCAAAGGAAGUUAUUUGGGAUUUUUGGUGGCAAUGACAGUUUGCUUGUUGAUUGUAAAAGCAAUUGUCUUGUUUCUUAAGCUUAUCAGCCUUCAAGAGAAAGUUCCUUACUUCGAUGUAUUUAAUCUCUUUCUGAGCGCGGCGAUGGUGGCACUGCUUGGACUGGCUUGUAUCCUGGGAGUUGUUGUUGUUAACUCGACCACUACUAAACACCGCUCUAAACAUACUCUACCCGCGGGAGUGGUGUUCGGAUGGUUUGCUGUAACUGCGUUAACUGUUGAGACUGUGCUAUCAUACCUGGAACUUAGAAAGUAAAGAGGAAGUGUAUUCUCACAGCUUUACAUCGUAUUCUCUAGUCUCUACGCUCUCUAUAUUCUUUAUUGCAUCUAAUGAUCUCCACAGUGCUUAUCUAGUGACACUUCUGUCAGAUCCACUAUCGUUUUCGUUAUGGGAUUGAACUUUUUUAGUGGCUCAGUUGAAAAAUCUGGCAUUUCUCGAGGUACCAGGCUGUUGGAAUGUCAGAAGUAAAAUAAGUGUUGAGAUUAAAAAGCUUUGAUUGAAAUUUCACGUUUUACUUUUAGUAUCGGGUUUUAUAUUUCACACUCACGUGAUCUCCUUAAAUGGGAAUCACGUGAUAUCCUUAAAUGGGCAUCACGUGAUCUCCUUAAAUGGGAAUCACGUGAUUUCUACUGAAGUACUGGAUUAAGUGUGUAGCAUAGA